AACUCCACCUCGCGUGCUGGGGUAUGAAAUUGAAACGUGUCGUUACGGUGACGAGCAAAUAUUGUGUUGUUGUGUUCUAAAACAGUUAUCUUAGAUCGAAUUCCAGGACAACAGUGUGCCAGGGAAAGUAGAACAUGCCUAGGAAAUGAUCCCGCUUUGAGUGUAACCAGAAGUCCGGCCGUUCAGGAUAACUGUCGAUAUGGAAUAACCCAGAGGGCUCAGGAAAGCGACACAGGUUUCAGAUCAGGAAAAAACGUGGUACAAAAAUGAUUCCUGUGAUUGUUUAUUGAAGAAUUGUAGAAGAUUCUUGGCUACUGUUUAUAAUUUGUGUGUCCUCGUUUAAAGUUGGUCCUAAAACAAUCCUGGUCGUCGGGAGUACGUUGACAUUUUGUCCAGAACUUAGUUGUGGGACGUCAUUAUUGGGCCUUAUUAAUGUAGAUACAGUUCACUAUCAGAACCGAUCUGACUUGGUCACCUUUGUGUUGUCACUUUCUCUACACAUGCUAUUGUGAGAGGCUACCGUGAUUGACGACAGCCAUGAUCUCACGACUUCUUCACACGGUAUUGUCGGACUCCUGUAUAUAAGGUAAACAAUGUCCAGACCCAAGAUGCCAGGGCAAACAUCUACCAUGAACGGAGACGCGCAGAGGGAGAAGAACAGCCGCCCACCCGUAGAGCUGUACCUUGUCAGGAUAUCCCCACCUUGCAGGGUUGUGUGGUGGUACAUGUUACAGUACGAGAUACCCCACGUCCUGAUUGACGUGGACUUCAGCCAAGGGGAGACAAAUCUGCCCGACAUUGUCCGGAAGCAGCCUCACCAGGAGGUGCCUAUUCUUCUUGAUGGCGACAUCGUCGUGUUUGAAGGCCCCGCUAUACUGCACUAUCUCGCCACCCAGUUUGCUGACCAUGCAGGUUUCGGGAUCAGCCUCAGUACCCGGAUGAUGAGUGAGUCUCUGGUCAGCUGGGCCAACAGUGAGCUGCACAGGGUUGUUGGGUACGGGUACGUGUACCCACAGUUCCUGGAGAAGUAUGCCCUGCCUAACGAGGAGGCGACGGAGGUUCUGGUGGAGAAGGGUCUCCAUUACAUCACUCGGCACUUGGAGGUCCUGGAGAACAGGUACCUCGCCAAACACAAGUACCUGACAGGCGACAGGUACACCGUCGCUGACGUCUUCGUCGCCACCGUCCUGCUGCAACUACAAUGGCCCAACUUCCAGUUCCGGAUCUGGCCGAAAGUGGACACGUGGUUGUCACGUGUCAAACAAGUGGAAUUCUGGGAUAUAGUGCAUGUUUCACAUCGGGAAUUUCUGGAGGAACUUGAAAGAAAUCGGUACACAUUUGACUGACGAAUCACAGGAUCCGAUGACCAAACCGUGAACACAAGCCAUACAUCUAGGAGCUCAUGCAUUCGCAGGAGUAUGAAAGUGUAAAAUUAUUCAAUUCGAUUCAAUUUAUUUCGGUAAUAGGGGUCAUAGGCCAAGAGUACAAACAAUACAUCGCAUUUUGUUUUGGUGGCUCUUUCAUAAGAG